CGCAGCAGCAGGUGGAUCAGUUUGAGCAACAUGGAGAACAGUAGAGUUCUGAUUCUGCUCGCCCUGUUUGGAUCCUUGUGUGAAGAUGCAGUUUAUGCUGAAAGACAGGAGCCUGCGUUGAAGACUGAGAGGUACAUGCCGAUCCUCUGCUCACCCGACGGUCUUCCAUCAACAGGGUCUUCAUCCGUUCACUCGCUCACUCCCGCUGACGUCGCCGCUGUGUUCUCGCUGGGUUCACCCCCGGCUCACAGAGAGGAAUCUGUCCGGGUGAUCCAGAGACUGGCUGAACUGCUGUCUAUGUUCAACCCCGAGGUCACCACCAAGAUGCCGCUUCAGCCCAGGGGCUUGUCUGGAGAGGCAGCGGAGUCACAUCAGGCGGCGGACUGGAACUUGGCCUUGGUGUUUGCUCCGGUGGACCACAUCUGUCCCUGCUCCACUCACGUUUCUGCUGAGCUCAGCAACACGGUGCAGCAGGUGCAUGCUGCGCUGGAGCUUUUACAGAAACAGCUUCCUCGCACCUUAGUCCAUGUUGUUGCCUGGAGUUCAAGCCUUCCGCAGGACAAAGCGUGUCAGUGCACCGGUCAAGAGAAGACAAACCAGCGGCUACUGAGGGCUCUGCUGCUGAAGCAGCUGCAGGAGUCACUCAGCUCACUUGUGGAAGAUCCAAAGUGGAUCAGAGAGGAUUUCGCUGCCGUGCUGCAGUCAGACCCGCUGGUUUUGGACCCCAGCUCUGAGGCCCUGAUUUCUGAGACGGACCAGCUCGCCCUCCAGCUGUGGACAAACCUGCUUCAACCCCAGGCCGCCGGCUCAGAGACCGAGGCUGUCACCGUCCCCUGCCCCUCGCAGGAGCAACCCUUCCUGAGGACACGGACCAACACACCGCCGCUCCAUCACCUGAGCAGCAGGACCCCUUCAGUGAUAGACCCUAUUAUGGGGAGUGAGAUUCCCUGCACAGACCGGCAGCCUUCUCCAGUCACACCCAUGUCAGUUCAUGAGCUCCGGCCUGGAGACAUCAAGGUGGUGGCCGCGGUGGGAGACUCUCUGACUGCGGGGAAUGGCGUGGGAGCUACAAACAGCAACAACCUUCUGUUAGUGAUUAAUGAGUACCGCGGCCUCUCAUGGAGCAUCGGUGGCGAUGGAAACAUCUCCACUGUGACGACGCUGCCGAACAUCCUGAAGGAGUUCAACCCCAAUGUGACCGGCUAUGCUGAGGGCAUCUGCAAGCAGAGUGACCCAGACGCCUUCCUCAACCAGGCUGUGGCCGGAGCCAAGAGCGGGGAUAUGGUUGAUCAAGUGCGCAUCCUGGUGGACAAAAUGAGGAACGACGCCCGCAUUGACUUCCACAACGACUGGAAGGUGAUCACCAUGUUUGUUGGAGGCAACGACAUUUGCGACUUCUGCACCGACAGUUUGUAUUUCUCGGCCCGAAAUGUGGUGGAGCGCAUCCGUCAAGCUCUGGACUUCCUGCAUGCCGAGGUCCCUCGCGCGGUGGUGAACCUCAUUGAGCUGCUGAACAUCGUGCCUCUGCGCGACCUGCACAAAGACAAGUCUCUGGGCUGCCCCACCUGGUUUGUGAGCCUCGUGUGUCCCUGCAUAUUAAAACCAAAGGACGGAUCGAGGGAACUGCAGAAGGUCGACGACUUCAAUAAAGCCUACCAGCAUGCAAUGAGAACUCUGAUUGACUCCGGCCGCUACGACACUCAUGACAACUUCACGGUGGUGCUGCAGCCGUUCUUCAGGGAGGUCUUCCUCCCUUUGACGCCGGACGGCCAUCCGGACCGCUCCUUCUUCACGCCUGACUGCUUCCACCUCAGUCAGAGGGCUCACACUCUCAUGGCUAAAGCUCUGUGGAACAACAUGCUGGAGCCAGUGGGAAACAAAACCUUUAUGCAGGACUUCAUGCAAGGCAUUGAGUUGAAGUGUCCAUCCCAGGAGGCGCCGUUUAUUCGCACGGCGCUCAACAGUAACUACACCUUCCCCGGGCCUCCGCCCACUGCCCCUCCUGUCACUAACUGGGGAAGUGACUUCUCAUGUGCCGACAUGGCUCCAUCCAGCUCCGUCCCGACCUCAGCUCACAGGAUUCGACCCGCAGACAUCCAAGUGGUGGCAGCGUUGGGCGAUUCUAUCACCGCUGGCUUCGGUGCCAAAGCCAAGAACCUUCUGCAGCUGAGGACGGAGUACAGAGGCGUGUCGUGGAGUAUUGGCGGCGAUAAAACCCUGGAAACGGUCACUACUUUACCAAACAUCCUGAGAAAGUUCAACCCAGACAUUAAAGGAGCAUCGAAGGGAACGGGAAAGCGGAGGACUGGGUUCAACAUGUCGGUGUCCGGAGCCAAAGUAGCAGGAAUCCCGGGACAGGUCCGAGCCCUGAUCGACGCCAUGAGAAGUGACGACGCAGUGGAUUUUGACAAGGACUGGAAGCUGGUGACACUUUUCAUCGGGGGCAACGACCUGUGUCAGUACUGCAACGACCGAGCCUCGAUGUCGCCUCAGAACUACAGCCUCCACAUGCAGUCCAGCCUGGACCUGCUGUACGAGGAGGUUCCCAGAACGAUUGUCAACGUGCUGCAGAUCCUGGAAGUGGAAGGCCUUCGGAGGAUCACACGGGACAGUCUGGGCUGCCGCUUGUUGCAGAAGUUGGUCUGCCCGUGCUUCCUGUUGCCCAGUGAAGAUUCUCCGGAGCUGGCUGAGAUCAAGAGAAUCAAUCGGGAUCUACAGAUUGAGACGGAGAAGCUGGUGAACGGAGGCCGCUACGAUGCCAGGGAGGACUUCGCUGUGGUCCUGCAGCCCUUCUUCAAGAACACCAUCGUGCCGCUGAACUUGGACGCCAAGCCGGACGUCACCUACUUCUCAGAGGACUGUUUCCACUUCAGCGAGCGAGGGCACGCGGACAUGGCGGCCGCCAUGUGGAACAACAUGCUGGAGCCUGAGGGCCAAAAGAAGACGUAUAAUGAGUUCAGCAACACCAGGGGUCAAAUCAAGUGUCCCACCGAGGAGCGUCCGUUCAUCUUCACCAGGAGGAACAGCCUCCCCAGCGUGUUCCCCUCUACUACCCCCCAAGCCGUCAGCACCGACCCCCCUCCCACCUCAUCCAAACCCCCUGGUUGCUCUGAAGUGCCCGUGUGGCUGGCCCCCGUGCUGGCUGUGCUCGGACUGCUGCUUGGCUGCGCGCUGACCUGGACCUUCUUCUCCUGCAGAGCUCGGAAGGGUAAGAAGGCGUCCCUCCACCCACUGGAGACGAGGGGCACUGGCUUCUGAGGUGCAACGCUUUGGAAAUGAACCCCUCACUGUACUGUGUUUUGACAGUAGAGGGCGCUCUUGUGAGCCCAUUUGCUCUCUGAAGUGAGACGGCUUUUUUACUCGGCUAAAUACUCUGUGAACUGGCGCAGUGAUGUCAUUCAUCACGAGGACACUGUGUCUGUUCAGUACGGCGCUGUAGUUCUCAAUUUAAAGUUGAUAUCAGAAUUCAAAUGCCCUUAAGAUCAACUUUGUUUUCAACUGAUUUAAGUGUAUAGUUUUGUUAGUGAGCGAAGAAUUACCAGUCAGUUAAUGACUUAUUCCGUGGCCAAUUGAUUUUGCUUCAUGAUUAUGAAGUUAAUUAACAUAUUGAAACACUAACUGAAUAAUAAUUCAAUGAAGUUCAUGCUAGACUGAGCCAUUGAUGGAGGAAUCAGUUGAAUUUUUUUAUUGUUAGUCAAUUGCCUUAUUCUUAUUUAAAUGAUAACUCAUUAUUUAUGAUGACCUGCAUAAAUGUGAAUGAUAACUUUUUUUUUAACAAUUUCCUUUGGGGGGGGCUUAUGUUGGUUUAUUUAUCAGUUCUACAUUUUUAAUAAAAAGCAAUACCAGUUCUUUAUUUUUGUGUCCAACAAUUCAUUCACAUUCGCCUGGUGUUUUUCAGUUUUUAAUUUAUUGUUUAUUAUUUUAUUUUAUUUUUCGACACUAGCGCCCCUCAGUGUCCAUUGGUUGUAUUGCGCUCACAUCGGGGACAAGAUGGCGGCGGGUUCUGAGGUGAACGGUUCACGGCUUCUUCGGCCUCACUUUUUGUUAACAUUCAAACCUGUUUAGAGGAAUAAGAGCAGCCUCACUGCAUACUUUCUUAAAAUGCAUGCAAAGUGGGUGUUGUCUUGCAUGUUUUUUUUUUUUUUUUACAUAUAUUGUUAUUUGAGUUUUUGAUUAAUUUAUGCAUUAAUUUAUUUCUGCAUAUGCCUGAAAGGUCUUCGGGGGAGUUGUUUUGAUAAAUAUAUUUAUCCUAAGAAAUCACAAAUUUCUUUUGUAUAAAGUUUGUAGCCAGAAAGCUUUUUUUAUAUGUAUAUUUUUUCUGCACCACAGUCAACGUGUUGCAUUUUCUGUACAAAAAGCAGGACUUAAAUUGGGUCUGACAUAUUGUUCAAGCCUUGUUAAUCUGGAGGAAAUUUAGUAAAAAUACGGUUAAUCUGUGAAGGGAACUGUCUCUAUUGGUUCUUCAGAUCAUAGCAGAGUGGCUGUGUGGCGUCUUACUUGACAGAUUUAAGACUUAAGAACCACUGUGUCAGUUUCUCGGCUCAUAUAUAAUCACAGCCAUUCUGUUUAUGAAGGCUGCAAAUCCUUGUCCCAGAUUUAUUUUAGCCUUUGCCCCUCAGUGUCCUUAAGAAUGUAAUCUCUUUUAAAUGUGCCGGGCUGCAGAAGUGCCAGCAGCCAGUGGUUUCAUGUGGAAGAAAAUCUGCGCUUAACUCACUCUGUGCUGGUGAACCCUGACUGAGGAGCUACUAGUUUUGUAUUCUCAA